AGUGGCGAGCUGGACUCGGCGCUGCACUGCCGACGAUUCCGUGGCCAUGAGCAACGGCAGGUCUUGCACCGGCUCGCAACCGCACGUCACCAAGAGGCUGUGCGCCACGCUGAUCUUCUUUAUUGGAAUCAUUUGUAUAUUUGGUGGCUAUUUACUCGGGCGCAUGGCGCGCAGCGAAGUAAAGCGCGGGAAUUUAAUUUCAAACAACCUGACAUUAGCAGCUGACACCUUGUUCAGGAAAGCAAGACGAAUGUCUCCUAAAGCAGUGCAUCACAACGACCCGGAGAAAAUAACCUCAAAAAUUCUUGAAAUAUUUCACUGUAACGCUAGCGACUGCGGCGUAGUAACUAAUUACAACGUCGCCGAUUUCGUUAAAACUUCAAUAAAUUAUGAAGUAAAUAAAUUAAUCAAGUCGAUACACAACGCGUCGAUGUAUCUCGACUCUUUGAGAUGACAUUGGAUUGAGAAUUUAUUGUCUCAUCUGCAUAAUGUUGUGAAGUUUUUUUAGAAUCUUAAUUAGAUUGGCGAUUACUGAAACGAUGCAUACGUUUGCUAAAGUAUUUGUAACAGCGUAUAAUGCAAACUAAUUUUAUAACGGAAUAAAUUGAUUGUUUAUCUUAUUUGUUGUU